AUGAGCACCACGGACACCUCGCCUCUACGAGAUUAUCUAGUCCACGUGCCUGAUCAUCCGAAUACGCUAUCUAUCAGACUGGCCACCAAUAAAGAACACAAUGAAGACGCGAUACCCUUGGUCAAGGCCGGCCGUGUGCCCUUCUUUGGCAGCACGCUAAGUCGUCAUGGUGUUGAAGGAGAGCAGCCCAUCGAGAAUGGGACAAUCAUGGUGUUUAAGGCUCGGAGUGAGGAAGAGAUCAAGGCAAUCAUAAAGAAGGAUGUCUUCACGAAAGCAGGCGUCUGGAACGCUGAUCGUGCAAUGAUUUGGCCAUUUUUGAGCAAAUGA